UUUUCUCAUUAUUUUCUCUCUCUCAACGUAAAUAUCUGUUGGGAGACAUACCUUGCCGAAACCCUUCCCUCUUUUUAUCGCAUCUCACUCCCUUCCUCUCUUUCUCUCCCCUCUUAGCUCAAACUCAGAGAGUCGCAGAAUCGCCUCUCCUUUGAUUCAUCUCGAUCUUGGUUUAUGAGCUCGAAGGAGAAACCCACUCUUGGAAUUUUUUUUUUUAUAUUAUACAGUGGUACGCGGAUUAAGACCCGCAAACGGAAUAUUGCAGCUCCUCUGGACCCUUCAACAUUUGCGGAUGCAGUGGUCCAGAUUUAUCUGGAUAAUGCUGGUGAUCUGGAACUCAUUGCUAAGAGCAUUGAAUCUUCGGACCUUAACUUCUCAAGAUAUGGUGACACCUUCUUUGAGGUUGCUUUCACAGGUGGUCGUACACAACCUGGCACAACUAAGCCUGAUGAGGGGGAGCGCCACCCUUUCUCUAUAAUAGACUGUGAGCCAAAACGGGAAGCCAUUUUGCCAUCUGUAAUCUACAUACAGAAGAUUUUGCGACGAAGACCUUUUCUCAUAAAGAAUCUUGAAAAUGUCAUGCGAAAAUUCCUGCAGUCCUUGGAGCUUUUUGAGGAAAAUGAGAGGAAGAAGCUGGCGAUUUUCACAGCACUUGCAUUCUCACAGAAGCUGUCAGGUCUUCCCCUGGAUACUGUGUUCCAGCCACUGCUCAAGGAUAAUCUUGUUGCCAAAGGGAUAGUUCUUUCAUUUAUAACAGACUUCUUCAAGGAGUAUUUGAUUGAUAAUAGCCUGGAUGAUUUGAUUUCAUUUUUGAAGCGUGGUAAAAUGGAGGACAAUCUUCUCGACUUCUUCCCAUCUUCUAAGCGGUCGGUUGAGGCAUUUUCUGAGCAUUUCACCAAGGCAGGGCUGGUACCCUUGGUUGAAUACCAUGAGAAGAAGAUAUUUGAGGUGAAACUGAAAGAAAUGAAAUCUGCAUUAACAACCCAGAUUGCAGAGGAAACUGAUAUAUCUGAAGUCAAAGACACUGUGAAGCAACAUGUUAAGGAUGCAAAAUUACCGGACAUUGAGGUUGUGCGGAUUUUAUGGGAUGUCAUAAUGGAUGCAGUUCAAUGGUCUGGGAAGAACCAACAGCAGAAUGCUAAUGCUGCCCUGCGCCAGGUGAAAAUGUGGGCAAAUUUAUUAAAUACCUUUUGCACCAGCGGGAAGCUUGAGCUGGAACUCUUGUACAAAGUCCAGGUCCAAUGCUAUGAGGAUGCGAAGCUGAUGAAGUUGUUCCCUGACAUUGUGAGAGCUCUAUAUGACCAGGAUGUGCUUGCAGAAGAUACCAUUCUUUACUGGUUUCGUAAAGGGACAAACCCGAAGGGCAGGCAAGCCUUUGUGAAGUCAAUGGAGCGCUUUGUAAAAUGGCUGGAGGAGGCAGAAGAGGAGGAAUAAAUGUGGCUGAUACUGUUGAAGCCAACCUUGUUAUAUUAUAUUAGCUAUCGAUUUCUACUGAUAAACAUCCGUAACCCGUACUAUGUUUAAAAGAAAAAAAACAAAAACUUAAUACUCUUAGACGUAUGCUUUUUAUUUGAGACAUAAUGAUUUAUCACUUAAAUAACCUGUUUUACUAC